AUGCGUGUAUCGCGAGAAUAUGAGGAUGGAGUCCAAUAUUUGUCAACGGACACCCCUCUUGAAGACAUGAUUUAUCUCAUGAAACGCGAUGGUGCAAUAGUUGUCAAAGGCCUAGUUUCGGAGAAAGAUAUCGACCAGGCAACCAAGGAAAUCCGACUCAGACUGGACGAAGACCUCGAAUGGGAGGGGGACUUCUUCCCCAAACAUAUGAUUGACUCAAAGUUCAUGAUAGAGGAGACGAGAAGAGCACCCGGUUUGAUUGCUAGAAGCCCGACUUACACCAAAACCAACCUCAUGAAUCCAAUAUUCCAGGCUCUAUGUACGCAUUUUCUCACAACUAAGAAUACAUUCUGGUGGGGAGACAAGCAAAAAGAGUCCGUUUCUCUCCCAUACGUUCAUUCGUGUGUUGCGAUCGAGAUCGGCCCUGGAGGUACGGCACAGCCACUUCAUCGCGACUCUUACAUCAACCGUAAUGUUCUGGAUGAAAUCGAUGAAUGGGAUGAUGAAAGAGACCGAACACGCGAAUCUGCCAUGGGCAUGUUAGUUGCAGGAACUCGGAUCACACCAGAAAAUGGAGGAACACAGUUGAUUCCAGGCAGUCACCUUUGGAGCACACAUCGAAAGACACCCCCACGACCGGAAGACUGUAUUGUACCGACCCUCGACAAGGGCGAUGCUUUGAUAUUAUUUGCAUCCCUUUAUCAUGGAGGAGGAACUAAUAUCACGAAUGGGCACCGUCUUACACUUUCUUGCUUUAUGGUAAGAGGCUAUCUGAGACAGGAGGAGAACCAAUAUCUAGCCGUUCCAAGAAAUGUGGUCGAGCAGUACGGUGUUGAAGUCCAGAAGCUCAUCGGCUACAGUAUGAGUGAUCCUGCCUGUGGAUGGGUUGAAGAACUUGAUCCAAUUUUUGUUCUCCAUCCCGAGUUAGCGAGAAUACAAAAGCCGCAGGACUUUUAG